AAAGAGCCUAGGGGAUAUAGAUGAGAUGACGAUAUAGAUGAGAUGCACGCGUCAGCGGCUGUGUACGCGUUAUGCGUGGCCUUCCUCAGCCCGCCGCAGAGGCCGCUGCUGCCCACCACCACCAACAGCCUCUCUUACAUCACGCCGCCGAGGCUCAGGUGCGGCGGCGCCCUGCGGAUGGUCUUCUCAGAUGUGGAGAGGCGGGCGGCGUACCCCUCAUCCACCAACUCAUUCAAGUAAUUGGUGUGAUUGAUUGGUUCGUACGUGUGUGCAGGUCUGUGUGUCUGUCUGUGUGUGUCUGUCUGCAGGUCGUCUGACUUCCUGCUGGACCGGUACCUUGGUGCGGUUGGGGUGAUAACCAUCCGGGUGAGAGAUCUGAUCUGCCAAAUCAAAUCAUGCCACCCACCGGGGACGGUGCGUGUUGAGUGGAUGGAUGGUGGGUUCUGUCUGCGCUGUCCUUGCUCCUCUCCUCCAGGACUGGGCCUACUACGAUGAGACGACCGGUGAGAAGGUGUCGCCCAACCCGUUUGACCCGCGGUCCCCCCGGCAGACCACCGACGAGAGUAGCGCCAUGGUGCGCCUCUUCCAGGCGCGGCUCAUACCCACCGGCCUCCCCGGCUACCCCGUCCUGCUCAAGGAGUACGCCACCGACGCCAGACACCUCGCAGAAACCGAGCUAGACAUCUAUGGUGAGAUCAUCGAGGACUACAACGCGCGGAAAGGUCUGUCUGAGAAGGCCGUGAGCUUCCCGCCGGUAGUGCCUGGGCUGGGUCGGGUUGAGGCCGACCCAUAUCUCGGUACGAACGAGUUCCAGGAGCAGUGGAAGCGGCAGGUGGCCUUCAGGAACGUGCCCCCACCGAGGCCAGGCAACAUCUGGACGGUCCUGCAGUGGCCCGGCCCCCUGACCUUCGACACAUACGACAGGCUCGGGAGGGGGGAGAGGGACGACGUCCUGGAUGGGGUGGUGCCCGGCUUUCGGCUCAAGAGGAAGAGCAGAUUCCUCAAGAUGGCCAUCAGGAGGGCGCUCGAGGCCAUCGACUACCUCCACCAACUCAGGAUCGUCCACCGCUCCAUAUCCCCCGGCAGCUUCGUCCUGCAGGAUGCCAACGAGAGAGAGCCGCUCAACGUGAAGGUGCUGAUUCAGGACUUCGGCUUCGCGACCACUCUGCAGCGGCUGGCGCGCAGCGACGAUGACGACUCGGUGCGUCGCGCCAUGAAGGUUGGGGCGGUGACGCCCGCCGCCAUCCUGGACUAUCUCAAGGCCGAGGACCUCAAGAGCUCGUGUGUAACGUUCCUCUACUUCAUCGUGGCCAACCUGUACGAUGAGGCCGCGGCCAAGAGGGGCCAGGGGAAGGGCGGCAGCGACACGGGCAACAAGCGGAUGGAGCUCACGCCUGGGGGCUUCAGGCAGACGAGCCCACGGAGCUUCUUGGCUGUCAGGUGGACUGGACAGGGAGGGAGGGAGGAGAGAGAGAGCGAGACCCGAAGGGAAAAGUACUUACGCACACACGGAUGGUUGUGUGCGUGUGUGUGUGUGUGCAGGCGUCUGGUAGAGGAGGUGUUUGACGGCGACAUGAGUGGGCUUCGGGACUACUGGCUCAACGACGAGCCCUUCGCCGAUGUGGUCAAGUUUCUGGACCAGAACGACAUGGCGGGAUGGGACUUUCUGAGCAGGCUCUACAAGGCGCCCCAGCUGUUCCAGCAGCAGGUCAAGGACACGCAGCAGAGGGGGGGAGAGAGGGAGAUCUCAGGAGACGGCGGGAAGGGGGAAGUGACAGAGAGGGAGCGGGUGUAUUGGAACGCGAGAGACUUGCAAGAGCAUCCCUUCUUAGGCGGCAGCGGCAGCGGCAGUCGGACGUGACUGACGGCCACGGUUACAGACAGACAGACAGACAUGACGCGCC